AUGAGUUCAGAUGGCAACUUCCUAAUUCCCAGAACUUCUUUACGUUCGCCAUCUUUCUUUGGACCGGUGACUUUGGCUGCAGCACUUGUUUUGGCAUCCUCUUUCACCGCACCGUUUGAUGAAGCAAAGUCGCAUGUUCAAGUGCUGAUUAGAGGUUUUGUCUUUAUCCUAUAUUGUGAAGAUUUCUCGAUCGUAAAAUUGGCAGACCCAACUUUCAAAGGAACCGUGGGACUGUGGGGCGCUUGUACAAGUUAUCACACCGAGAAUGCGACAACAGCAAACCCCAACGCAACACUGACCGGAAAUGCAACUAUUGACGCCAUGAUUCAUAAACAAGGAAAACAUGAAGGCUGCUCUCCUAGUGGCUUUGGCUGGAGUUUCAGCCUACCAGUGAAUAGCACUGGACUGACAAGUAUGCCAUUGCCUGAUGGCAAUGUUGGCUUCAACGUCGACCCGAGCACCGAAAACACCGCCGACGUCCAAUGGGUCGAAGUGAUGUCCAAGAGUGACUCUACGAUGUUGAUCGUUCAUCUCGCUGCUGGUGUCUGUUCAACACUGGGCCUUCUCUUGCUCCUUGUUCCGUACAAGUCUAUGGAAGGCUCGGCACCUAGCUUGGCCCGGUUCCUCAAGGUUGGAUCAAUGAGUCUCCUACUUGUUUCGGUUGGUUGCGUACUCGCGCUAGUCAGCUUUGCGGUCGACCUCUUUGUCGCCCUUCGUGUCCGCAACAACAUCAACGCCAUUGGGAAUGGAGGUGGUGUUCAGGCCGGUCUCGGAAACAUGCCAUGGUUUGCCAUCGCUGGCGUGAUUCUAACUGUGCCUUCAAUCUGGUCCACACGAGGGCAAUUAGGUGACAAGCGGUGA